AUGGCAAACCCAACGACCACGACCCCGCACCAGCCGGACCCAGCGCUCCCGCUCCUGGACCACAUAGUCAUCCUCAUACCGCCCCGGGUGCUGCGCGACCUCCCCGCCUGGCUGAUGGACAGCUUCACCGUCAUCACGGGUGGCGUGCACGCCGGCGGCGCGACCGAGAACAAGCUCAUCCUGCUCGCCGACGGCGUCUACCUCGAGCUGAUCGCCUUCACCGAGGGCGUCGACCCGGCCAAGCGCGCCGAGCACCGCUGGGGCGCCCGGCCCGAGGGCCGCAUCGUCGACUGGGCCCUGACGCUCCCCGGGACCGGGGAGGAGUUCCACAAGGUGCAGGAUCGAGUCCGAUCCCGCGACGCCGGCGUAGUGUACCGGGAUCCCGUGCCCGGCGGCAGGACUACGCCCUCGGGGACGGAGCUAAAGUGGGCCGUGGCUGAUCCCCGUCUGGCGCAGGAUGGGGAUGGGAGCGGUGCUCCCGUGGUGCUGCCUAUCGAGGCGGGAGAAGCGCCGUUUUGGUGCUUCGAUCGCACGCCGCGCCGCCUGCGCGUGCCGCACGACGUCCCGGCCAAUGUUGAACACCCCAGCGGGGCGGUGGGUUUGGCGGGCGUGACGGUUUUUGUAGCGGAUGCGGCGGCGCUCGGGGCGUUCAAGAAGGUCUACGAUGGGAUUUACGGUGAAGAAGGCUCGCCGGUGGGGGAGGAUGAGCAUGGUGGGGCUGGCUACAGCUGGUCUGUUGGCGUGCCCGUUGCGGAUGGCGGGAGGAAACACACUGUCUCGCUACGUUCGACCACUGCGGGGACUUUAAUCCGGCUGUCAUUGUACUCAACUUCCAAAGCUGGGAAGAUCGGUGGCGUAUUGCACGGCGGAUGGACGGUUGAUUUUGAUCUCGUCAAGGCCUGA